UUUCAGAAAUCUAUACUGGGUCAUGGUUUUCCUGGUAUUCCAGGAUCAAAUGGCAUGCCGGGAAUGCCCGGCGCUCCCGGGCUGCAAGGACUCCAGGGAAGAGAAGGCGAGAAAGGGCAAAUUGGUGAUAAGGGCUCCCAAGGAAUGCCGGGUCCAAGAGGAGACAGAGGGCGCGAAGGGCCUCCUGGGAAGAGCGGACCGACAGGAAUUAAGGGAAUAAAAGGUGAACGUGGAUUUGUGGGAAUAAAAGGCGAACAGGGGCUGGCGGGAAUGAAAGGACAGCAAGGCAUUGUGGGAAAUCAAGGAAGAAAAGGAGACAAAGGAGAGAAAGGAGAAAGCGCCAAAGCAAUUCAAGCAAGUGUAGUACCACAAACCAACUGGAAACAAUGUGUGUGGAAAUCAGGGAGCGGUACUGAUAACGGAAAGAUUAAGGUAAAAAAAGAUUUUGCAGGAUAAUAAAUGUCAAUGAAGUAAUGAUAAAUAGCCGGCGUCUCUGUUUACUAAUUGGAAAAUAGCUUUAAAGCGUUUUAUAAGAUUAAAGCAAGAAAAAUAUAAUAGGCAUAAGGAUAAGGGUAAAUCUCCUUCCCCAGUCAGCUCUCUCGUGCCCCAUGCUACUCACGCUGCGCUCAGUUACGCGAUAAUUGCGUUUCGAGACCGGCAAAUAGGUCCACAUACUGUUUGGUUGUUUCAAUUAACUUACUUAUUAUUUUCCAGUAACUCCGCGAUUGCCAACUUGUUCUGCCUUACACAAACAAAGUGCCAACCUACCUCCUAUGCCUGAACAUUAUUUAGCUUUACUCAGCUCGAUUAGCUUUUCAGUUAUUCUGAGUAAAUGUUACCUUUUUUUGUAUUAAUAUAUUACAUUGUGAAUUAAGUUUAACUUUUAUUUGGUAAUAAAGCUUAUGUUGUUGUUGUAUGUUGUUGUUGUUGUUGUUGACAAAAAUCUCACUCGGGCCGACUUUCCAUGAAGUAAUGUAUGACUAAAAGAGUUUGGUAACAUUACUUACUACUUUUGAUUUGAUUCUACAACAGGACUGUUCUUUCAACAAGCUGCAAUCUAAUUCAGCGCUCAGAGUCUCAUUCCAGGGAACUUUACGUCUAAAUAGUCAUUGUAAGUGUAGCCGCUGGUACUUCAAGUUUAACGGAAACGAAUGCAGUGGACCAAUGACGAUUGAGGCCGUCGUGUACAGUGGCUGGCCAUCUGGGCGCGUUCCUGACCUGCAAUAUCAUCGAUCAUUUGAGGGGUAUUGUGAGAAUAUCCCACAAGGCGCAGUUAGAGUGGAAUUGUGGGUAGGACAGUGUAGUAGCUACACCCUGGGUGAUUCUUACACUGGGUGGAGUUCAGUGUCCCGGAUAAUGAUUGAGGAAGUAUCUAGGCCCCAGUCCUAA